AUGGAAGAACAAGUAGCAAUGAUGAGGCCUGUUUCACAUUUCGCCCCUCGAUCGGUACUUUUCGAUGGACUGGAGUAUGGAGCUGAUCCAAGAGAGCUACUAGCUUCUCUUCUACAGAAGGAUGUUAGCGAAAUUACAGAGUCUGAAGACAUGGUGUGGAAAAAGUUGUAUGACUUGACCUAUCAUGGCGGCAUGGCAGCUUCACAGAAACCCAUUCUCGACAACUUCAGCUCAGUCCUUUCGCUUAUUGAAAAGUCCAAUAAAGUUGUCGUAAUUCUCGGAGCUGGUGGUAGCGUUGGACCAGAUUUUCGUUCCGUUGGUGGACUCUAUGACUCAAUAGCCAAAGAUGGCGUAUUUGACGAUCCAUGUCAAGUUUUUGAUCUUGAGUAUUUUCAAAAGGAUCCAUCAAUUUUCUGGCGUUACGCUCACACCAUAUUCCCUGAUAGACAGCCUAAGCACUCAGCGGCUCACUAUUUCAUUCAAGAAUUAGAGAACCGCGGAAAACUUUUACGUCUUUACACACAGAAUGUUGAUGCUCUUGAUAUUGGCGUUCCACCGAAGCAUCUCCGCACAGUUCACGGUUCAUGGAGAGAGUCAUACUGCAUGAAAUGCGGUGCACUUCAUCAUAUUGAGGACAUCAGAGAUGCUGUCGAGAAACGCGAGGUGCCAACAUGCCAUUUCUGCGGAGGUGCAAUCAAACCAGGCAUUGUUUUCUUCGGCCAGUCCGUAAAUCUUAACGAUUACGAAUUGGAGAUGGAUGCUCAUGCCGCUGACCUCCUUAUAGUCAUUGGUACAUCACUCAGGGUUGCACCUGUAUCAGAAAUACCAAAACUUAUGAAGAAUGUUCCUUCUAUCCUUAUUAAUAGAGAAACUGUUAAGUGCGACUUCUCUGCAGAGCUACUUGGCGAGUGCGAUGAUGUUGUUAGAACUAUCGAGUACGAACUUGGAUGGGAAGCUGACGAAGGAGUCAAUCCAGAAGAGAUUCAAACAUACGGCUCAAAUCAGUUCAUUUUCCCAUCCAAUUCGGAGCUUGGAGCAAGGAUCGAGACAACAUCGCGUAAUCAGUUCCUCGUCACUUCAGCACCUGUCGACGUUGACGACCUUAAUUAG